UCAAUUGUUAUUUUCAGCGCACGCGCACACCUUGCGUCAAAGUCAAAUGCUAAAGCUUAUGUUAGUAUUAUGUGACAAUUGUAUCAACGUCACCCUAAUCCUUCAUAAGAAGAAAUCAAGAUCAAAAUAUACCAAAAGCAAGAAAUAAAGAAAAACAGGAUAAGAAAGGAAGGAACAAAUCUCGAAACAGCAGCAUCUACUCAGCGCAAUGGGCGCGUGCACAUCUUCUCCCUCCGCCAAAACGACAAUCACAACCGCAUGGAUGAAGAAUGGCGGUGACGGUGCACAUGCGUCGGAAUCAUUCCGAAGACCUUCGUCGAUCAUGGUGAUGGACCUAUCGGGUCGAAUAAAGGAGUUCAAGCAACCGGUCCCGGCGAAAACCGUGCUCAACGAUAACCCUCAUUGCUACCUCUGCAACUCCGAGUCGGUGCACAUCGGCACAUGCAUGCCACGCGUCUCCGACGAGGAGGAGCUUCUUCCUGGCCGAAUCUACUUCCUCGUCCCCCUCUCACAUUCUGAUUCCCCCUUGUCCCUCACUCUCCUCUGCGAUCUUGCAGUUAAAGCCGGUUCCGCACUUUCAAACCCCAAAAAUAACCACACUGGCACAAACAGAGCUUCCGUUACGCGGCGCCGUUAGACUCCGUGUAAGUUAAAAAUUGUUUUGGUUUUUUAGGUUUGAUUUGUGAUUCAAUCGAUUUACUUGAGUGGGACCUUGUAAGAGAAUAAGAAUGCGUGAUUGAAUUUGUACGAGUAAGGGCCCAAAUGAGAGUGAUUGGUUGUGAAAGAAGAGAUUGUGAAUUGGUGUGGUUGCCCCCACAGGAAUGAUGAAAUGCAGCAUCUGCAAAAUUCCCUUCCUUUCUUACAAUUCUCCAUUUAUGUUUAUUUGUAAUUGCACCCAUUCGGUUCAAAACAUGUGCUGUCUAGUAUUCUAACAUGUUCUACCUGAAUCAGGGUUCCUGGUUUUGGAAUUGGGUGAAUUUUUUGUUUCUUUCUUCCAAA